GAUAUAAAAGAAGAAGAGUAAAACCUAAAGGAAAAAAUAAAACAGCCAAAAUGAUGUCUGGGCAGACAUAAAAUGUAUAUUAAACUUCCAACAAUCCAACUACAAACGAGUUCCAGCUAAGGAUUAAGUGUUUAACCAGCUACAAAGGACUCCCAGCUGAGUAUUAAGUGUUUAAAUUGCUUGCAAGACAGGCUUAAACUCCUUUAUAAAUUUCCAAGCCUUUUCUGAGGAGUCAAAUCAUUUUGGGCAGGCAUUAGGCGGGGAGAUUCUCAAACGAGCUGUAUUACGCAAAGAGGGGCGACAGUUCUUAUAAGGUUCAGCUAUCACUUCCUGAAAUUUAAUUCUUUUUGCAUAAACCUGUGGGGCAAAAUUUUCAACUAUGCGAAUCUCUACUCCAUUAUAAAUUAGCUUCCCCUGCUUCCUAGCAUCUCGAAGAAUUGCUUCUUUAGUAAUAAAGUAAUUGCCGGGCGAGGUUUCAACUCAAUGGAAGGCUUCAGGCGGAGGAUUCGGUGGGCUCUAUCUAUCAUCGGAGGAGCUUCAAGUACCUCACUAAAAAGUUGGAAAUGACAAAGAAUUUGUGUGCAGGAAUCUCAUACAGAACAGAAUUUCAGGUUUGCUGUCUUUGUCCAGAUAUUUGAGGAGUGACCAGCUAUUUCCAUUGUAACACCAAUAUAUCCAUUGUUGAUCUUAGGAGAUGAAGAAGUAUCUCAUCCCAGCUGGAAAAAUGCUUUGUGUCUGAAGUGAAGUUUUAUGUAGUAACUCUGAAGUCUGCUGGAAAUGAGGUGCUGAGAACACACCGGUAUUUGAUGCCAAGGGACUUUCUCAGUGUGAGAUUCUCUCACUCAGCAAGCCACAGAAACACCUGUGAGUUUACAGAGUGAAGACGCCAAUCACCUGUUCUGUGUGUGGGACAGGAUCUACUCAGUGACUCAGCAUGAAGAUACAUCAGCAAGUUCACACCACAGUGAGAUGCUCCACCGGUUCUGUCUGAAUGAAGUGAUUUAGUCUGUUGCCCACACUGACGGUACGUCAGAAAAUUCACAUCAGUGAGUUCACAAGGAACAGAGUCUUCAAUGAUUCCGUGUGUGGAAAGAGAUUCCCUUGGUUAUCUGACCUGCCUAGAUAUGAGUGUGUUCACACUGGUGAGAGGCUGUUCAACUGUUCAGACUGUAGGAAAGGAUUGACUUUGUCAUCGGAUCUAUUAGCAUACCUGUCAUUUCACACUGGGGAGAUGUUCAUCUGCUCAGACUGUGGGAAGAGGUUCAAUCGAUCAUCUGCCCUACUGGUACACCAGCGAGUUCAUACUGGGGAGAGGCCAUUCACCUGUUCAGUGUGUGCAAAGGGAUUCACUCAGUUAUCCUCCCUGCAGGCACACCAGCGAGUUCACACUGGGGAGAGGCCAUUCACUUGUUCAGUGUGUGGAACGGGAUUCACUCAAUUAUCUUCCCUGCAGACACACCAGCGAGUUCACACUGGGGAGAGGCUGUUCAUCAGUUCAGUUUGUGUGAAGGGAUUCAGUCGAUCUUGUCACCUACAGGGACAGCACCGGGUUCACAGUGGGGAGAGGCAAUUCACCUGCUCAGUGUGUGGGAAAGGGUACAGUCAUUCAUCUGCCCUACUGGCACAGCAGAGAAUUCACACUGGGGAGAGGCCAUUCACCUGUUCGGACUGUGGGAAGGGAUUCACUCAGUCAUCUUCCCUACAGGCACACCAGCGAGUUCACACUGGGGAGAGGCUGUUCACCAGUUCAGUGUGUGAGAAAGAAUUCAGUCCAUCUUGUCACCUACAGAGUCAUCAGCGAGUUCAGACUGGGGAGAGGCCAUUCACCUGUUCUGUGUGUGGGAAGGGAUUCAGUCAAUCAUCUGCCCUAUUGGUACACCAUCGUGUCCAUACUGGGGAGAGGCCGUUCACAUGUUCAGACUGUGGGAAGGGAUUCACUCAGUCAUCUUCCCUUGAGGCACACCGACGAAUUCACACUGGUGUGAGGCCCUUCAGUUGUUCAGUCUGUCAAAAGACAUUCACUCAAUUAUCUUCCCUACAGACACACUGGCGAGUUCACACUGGGGAGAAGCCGUUCCAUUGUUCAGACUGUGGAAAGAGAUUCACUCAAUUAUCUUCUUUACAAACACAUCAGCGAGUUCACACUGGGGAGAGGCCAUUCACCAGUUCAGUGCGUGAGAAGAGAUUUUGCCGAUCACAUCACCUGCAGGGACACCAACGAGUUCACACUGAGGAGAGGCCAUUCAUCUGCUCAGUGUGUGGGAAGGGGUUCACUCGAUCAUCUGCUGUAUUGGUCCACCAGCGAGUUCACACUGGGGAGAGGCCGUUCACCUGUUCAGACUGUGGGAAGGGAUUCAGUCAAUUAUCUUCUCUCAAGGCACAUCAGCGUGUUCACACUGGAGAGAGGCCAUUCACCUGUUCAGACUGUGGGAAGGGAUUCACUCAGUUAUCUUCCCUACAGGCACACCAACGAGUUCACACUGGAGAGAGACCAUUCAACUGUUCAGUGUGUGGGAAGGGAUUCACUCAGUUAUCUUCCCUACAGGGACAUCAGCGAGUUCACACUAGGGAGAGGCUAUUCACAAGUUCAGUGUGUGAGAAAGGAUUCAGUCGAUCACGACACCUACAGGGACAUCGGCGAGUUCAGACUGGGGAGAGGCCAUUCACCUGUUCCGUGUGUGGGAAGGGAUUCAGUCAAUCAUCUGCCCUAUUGGUACACCAUCGUGUCCAUACUGGGGAGAGGCCAUUCAUCUGUUCAGACUGUGGGAAGGGAUUCACUCAGUCAUCUUCCCUAGAGGCACACCGACGAAUUCACACUGGGGUGAGGCCAUUCUGCUGUUCAGUGUGUGGAAAGGGAUUCACUCAGUUAUCUUCCCUACAGACGCACCAGCGAGUUCACACCGGGGAGAGGCCAUUCACUUGUUCAGUGUGUGGAAAGGGAUUCACUCAGUUAUCUUCCCUGCAAACACACCAGCGAGUUCACACCGGGGAGAGGCCAUUCAGCUGUUCAGUGUGUAGAAAGGGAUUCACUCAAUUAUCUUCCCUGCAGACACACCAGCGAAUUCACACUGGGGAGAGGCCGUUCACUUGUUCAGACUGUGGGAAGGGAUUCACUCAAUUAUCUUCCCUACAGACACACCAGCGAGUUCACACUGGGGAGAGACCGUUCACUUGUUUGGAUUGUGGGAAGGGAUUCACUCAAUUAUCUUCCCUACAGACACAUUUGCGAGUUCACACUGGGGAGAGGGAGUUCACCUGUUUGGACUGUGGGAAGGAUUUCAAAUAAUUAAAUUCCCUACAGACACACCAGUGAGCUUGCACUGGGUAGAGGGAGCUUACCUGUUUAGACUGUGGGAAGGGUUUCACUCCAUUAUCUUCCCUACAGACACACCAUCGAGUUCACACUGGCGUGUGGCCUUUCACCUGUUCAGUAUGCGGGAAGGGAAUCAUUCAGUUAUCUAAUCUGAAGGUACAUUAGAUUAUGAAGACACGCAGUCCUCUUUUAUUGUCAUUUAGUAAUGCAUGCAUUAAGAAAUGAUACAAUAUUUCCUCCAGUGUGAUAUCACAAAAGACAGGACAGACCAAGACUGAAAAAACGUAACAAAACCACAUAAUUAUAACAUAUAGUUACAACAGUGCAACAAUACCAUAACUUGAUGAAGAAGUCCAUGAGCACAGUAAAAAGUUCAGAGUCUCUCAAAUGUCCCACAUCUCACGCAGACAGGAGAAGGAAGAAAAACUCUCCCUGCCAUGCCCGACCACAGUCUGACUCUGAGUCAUCCGAAAACUUCGAACCUCCGAUCAGCUCUCCAACACCAAGUACUGAGUGCCAUCUCUAUCCGAACGAUUUGACUUCAAUCUCAGUCGCCAACAGCAGGCAAAGCUGGGGAUUUUGAGGCAUUCCCUCCGAAAGAUUCCCGAUCGUGCAGUAACAACAGCAGCGAACUGGCAUUUCAGAAAUUUCUCCAGAUGUUCCUCUGUGAGUCCUUGCAAGUGCAUAUCAAUUAGUAGAACCACAACCAGAGACAUAUAUAGGUUUAGACCAGCCCCUUCAAUCCAUUCAAUUAGCUCAACUAUGCUAUGCUGCCCCCAGUAGACAUAUUGAAAACAUGGCUGCUUGGCAAGUCCAAGAAUGGGAACCCACCAUCAUGAAAAUCUGCAGUUUGAAUGCAGCAGUAGAUGACAGACUCCCUCCAAUAGGGCCCCAGCUACCUUGGAAAAAAUAAGAUGAGGCAUUGGAAAAAAGUUGUUUUGCAGAUGUGCUCAGUGAAUCCAUCCUCUAGGACCAUGAUUAGCUCCACUUCCACUUCAGUUGCCCCAUCAGUGAACUGAUCCCACAAAUUAUGGACUCAGUUUCAGGGACUCUUCAUCACACAUCUCAAUAUUUAGUAUUUUUUAAGACCAUAAAAGAUAGGAGCUGAAUUCGGCCAGUCAGCCUAUUGAGUCUGUACUGCCAUUGCAUCAUGGCGGACCUAUUUUCCAUCUCAGCCCUAAUCUCCUGCCUUUUUCCUGUAUCCAUUCUCACCCAGACUAAACAAGAAUCUAUCAACAUUUGCCUUAUAUACAUCCAAUAAAUUGAACUCCACAACCACCUGUGGCAAGAAGUUUCAAUGAGUGCUGCUAAAAAAUCUGUGUGGGCCACAACAGGGCUUACCUACUGCUGAGCGAAACCCUGUGAGGGUAGCUCAAGCAUGUUCUGGACGCUGUGCCACAACGCCCCCAGUGAAGCACAGAGGCUUUAUUUCCUUAGUCUGGGCGGCUUGUAAGCAGGUGACAACAUGGGUUCAGGCCUAAUUGUCACUAUGACCGAGGACUUGGCUCCCACUAUCCACUCCUGCUUGCAUCCAAUAAAUUAGUGAAUCAAACUUGCAGUGUACCAGAUUAACAAUGUCCGAAAGGGUCUUGUGAUCACAAGAAAAGUAAACAUGAUAUGCAUUCUUGCUCUCUCUCUCCCUUUCCCUCUUCCUCUCUCUUCUCUCCCUCUCUCUCUCGAUGAUGAGUGAGUGCUACCAACACUUGAGUCAGUAAACUGGAAGUAAAAGUGGCGCUGUAGAGAUUGACACAGCAAGCUAUUGGUCUCUUUCUUGCUAUGGCAGGAGCAAUAUCUUCCCUCGUUAGUGACAGAGGGGGGCCUGUUGGGAUGGAGUCUAGAUCAUGGUCUCUUUUGGGCUUUCCUGUUGAUGGCAUGGUGGGUGAUCGGGUGUCUGAUGCUCUUUGGUGAAAUAAAGGGGGAGGGGUGGGGGAGUGUUGAUGCUUUUGCUGUUGCAAAAAGUUCUAUUCAAAAGGCUCAAAGGAACAUCUAAACAAGCCUGAAGCAAGUCCUGUGGACUGAUGAAGUUAAAAUAGAACUUUUUUGGCCACAGUGAGAAAAGGUAUGUUUGGAGAAAAAAGGGUGCAGAAUUUCAUGAAAAGAACCCCUCUCCAACUGUUAAGCACGGUGGUGGAUUGAUCAUGCUUUGGGCUUGUGUCGCAGCCAGAGGCACGGGGAACAUUUACUGGUAGAGGGAAGAAUGAAUUCAAUUCAAUACCAGCAAAUUCUGGAAGCAAACAUCACACUGUCUGUAUAAAAAGCUGAAGAUGAAAAGAGGAUGGCUUCUACAACCGGAUAAUGAUCCCAAACACACCUCAAAAUUCACAAUGGACUACCUCAAGAGGCACAAGCUGAAGGUUCAGCCAUGGCCCUCACAGUCCCCUGACCUAAACAUCAUCAAGAAUCUAUGGAUAGACCUCAAAAGAGCAGUGCAUGCAAGACGACCUAAGAAUCUCAAAAACUAGAAGCCUUUUGCAAGGAAGAAUGGGCAAAAAUCCCCCUAACAAGGGGGACGACACUGGUGCCAAACUGAAUGGGUCCUAAUGCCCUUCCCUUGGACAACAUUGGUGUCGUGGAGAGGGGAGACUUGCAGCCUGGGCAACUGCUGGUCUAUACAACCUUGCCCAGGCCUACGCCCUGGAGAGUGAAGACUUUCCAGGCGCAGAUCCAUGGUCUCGGAAGACUAACGGAUGCCCCCAAACAAGAAUUGAAAGACUCUUAGCUGGCUACAAAAAGUGUUUACAAGCUGUGAUACUUGCCAAAGGGGGGUGUUACUAAGUACUGACCAUGCGGGGUGCCCAAACCUUUGCAUCAGGUCCUUUUCCUUUUUUGUUAUUUUGAAACUGUAAAAGAUGGAAAUAAAAGAAGUGUUCUUGCUUAAGAUAUUAAAGAAAUGUGUCAUCUUUAACUUUAUGCCUUUUGGAAAUCAGUUCAUCUUUUACUCGCUUAGCUAUUCACAGUGACAGAAAU